GUGACUUUCCGGAAGAAGCAUGUCUUCUCCUGUGCUGCAGCCGAGAGCCACGCCCUGAGCCGCAGACACCAUGCAGUCGGAUGAUGUUAUCUGGGAUACACUUGGAAACAGGCAAUUUUGUUCCUUCAAAAUAAGAACCAAGACUCAAGGUUUCUGCAGAAAUGAAUACAACUUGACUGGACUGUGUAAUCGGUCAUCUUGUCCCCUGGCAAAUAGUCAGUAUGCCACCAUCAAAGAAGAGAAAGGACAGUGCUACUUGUACAUGAAGGUUAUAGAACGAGCAGCUUUUCCCAGGCGUCUCUGGGAACGGGUGCGGCUUAGUAAAAACUAUGAGAGAGCACUGGAACAAAUAGAUGAAAAUUUAAUUUACUGGCCCCGUUUCAUUCGACACAAAUGUAAGCAGAGAUUCACCAAAAUUACCCAAUACCUAAUUCGAAUUAGGAAACUUACAUUAAAGCGACAGAGGAAACUUGUUCCUUUGAGUAAGAAGGUGGAGCGUAGGGAGAAAAGAAGAGAGGAAAAGGCAUUAAUAGCUGCUCAACUGGACAAUGCCAUUGAGAAGGAAUUACUGGAGAGACUGAAAAAAGAUACGUAUGGAGACAUCUACAAUUUCCCCAUCCAUGCCUUUGACAAGGCCUUGGAACAACAGGAUGCAGAAAGUGACUCUUCAGAUGCUGAGGAAAGAGAUGAAGAUGAUGAUGAAGAUAUGGGAAAAAGAGAAUUUGUGGAAGAUGAUGAGGUAGAUGAGAGUGACAUAAGUGAUUUUGAGGAUAUGGAUAAACUGGAUGCUGGCGGUGAUGAGGACCAGGAUGAUACAUCCUCCAGUGAGGAAGAGGAAGAAAAGGCCCUUAAUGUGAAACACAAAGGCAAAACACCCUUGAAGGGACCCUUACAAAGAAAACGAGCCUAUGUAGAGAUAGAGUAUGAACAGGAGACAGAGUCCAUGGCCAAGGCCAAGACCACAUGAUUUCUCUUCAAAACAUUUAUACACAGGACUGAAUAUUUGGAAGUUUCUUUUUAUCUUGAACAUGUACACACCUC